GCUGUGAACUUUGUUUUCCGAUGGCCUUGCGGUGCUGUGGCAGCGGUGCCCUCCGCACCAGCGAUCGGGGUGCUUUUACAGCUAACUGAGCACACGACUGCUUCCUCCCUGAAACUCGAGCGGCUCUCAGGAUGUAGAUAAGUGAAAUGGCAAAUGCUGUGCUGCAGGUACUUGGCCAGGCGACGGGGCUGAUGCUGCACCUUGUAAAUGCAGCCCACUCUUCCCCUGGUGGGGAGCAGCCUUCACAUCCCAGGGGGAGACAGGUAAAAGCCUGGGAUUAUUCCCAGCCUGCAGUGCCAUCCCACGCUCCCUUCACGGCCCCACAGAGCCAAGUCCCCAGGGCGUCGCGUCCCCGCCAUCUCCUAGCGACAGGGACGGGUGCCAAGAGUCAGAGAAUUCCUGGAUGGCGGCGCCUGGCCCCCGCCGCCUCUCGGCUGCUUUUCGGGAGCACCUGCGGUGCCUGGGCCUGCGGGACUUCCCCUGCGGCCUUGGCAGCUGGAACAAGUCCCGCUUCAGUGCGCACACGAGCCCCUCGGGGCAGGAGGAGGAUGAGGACCUGCCGCUGGGCGAGGAGAGCCCCGAGGCACUGCUGGAGCUGCUGAGAGACCCACGCAGCCCCUGGGCCCUGCCGCCAGGCUGCGACCCCCAGAACCAGCAGCUGCAGGACGUGGCCGUGCAGGCGCCCCAGCUCGUCCAUGGGACCCGCGUCCUCCAGGUCUUCAGGUCCCUGCGGAUCGUCGGCAAAGACGUAGAGGAAGUCGACGAGGAUCUGCUGCAGUUACAGCACCUGGAGGAGCUCAUACUCUGUGCCAACCAGAUCAGCAGGGUAACCUCGGCCAACCUGCCCCGGACUCUGAAGGUCCUGGAGCUCUGCUGCAACGCUGUGGCUGAUCUGCAGGAGCUGUGCGCUCAGCCCCCUCCGCAGCUGCAGCACCUGGGGCUGGGGUACAACAGGCUGUGCGGCCCCUCGCAGGACAAGUACCUCACUGCGGACUUCUGGCCAAAUCUCAUCUCCCUUGACCUGAGCUUUAACAACUUAACAGAGCUGCCGGGGCUGGUCUCCCAGCUCUCCAGUCUGCAGAAGCUCCGCGUCCUGGUGCUCCAAGGGAACCCUCUGGCUCUCGUUCCUGCUUACAGAGGCUUCGUCGUGGACAGCCUGCCCCAGCUGUCUGUCCUGGACGACAUCCAUGUAGGGCCCGACGAGAGGCACCAGUUCCACGGUUUGGCGAGGCAGCCAGAUCUGAUAAGAAGUGAAGCACAAGUGGUUGUGAGCAUUGGGAAAAUCAAGGGAGUUCCCGAUCCCAGCGCUCUCCAGGGACUGGAGGUUGGCUCCGAGGCACCAGUGAUCACCUACAGCUACUGCGUGACCUACGAGUUUGCGGAGGGAGAGGAGAUGGAGGACGGUGGCAGCACUGAGGUGACAAAAAUUCAUCAGAGUCCUGUGGUGGCCACCCUGGGUGCAGACAGCUCUGCAUGGGACACGGGGGGAACAAAGGGCCAGCAGGAGUCUGCAGCCACGGAGGAGUCCACGGCACAUGCUGCACAUUUGUUUGUCACCCCUGGAAAGCCCUGGGCAGACACCAUUGACUGCAGCUACAGGAAGGAGCACACUGCCAAGGACUUAGUGGGGCUGAAGGACUACCUGGCGGCUGGAACAAUCGUCUCAGUCGUGGAGGAGAAGGUGCUCUCGUGGCCUGCUGAUGCUGACUCAGAAGAAACUGCAGUAACAAACAAGAAGGCAGGACGGGGGAUAAAGAAGGACAGUGCCAAGGGUCCUGUGCCCAGGGACAAGCAGAAGCAGAAGCAGCAGGAGAAGAAGAAGAAGAAGAAGCCGUGUGAACUCCGCAGCGACCCACCCAUUCAGAGGACCCUGGGCUCUGGGAGAGUGAGCCUGGAGGCCCUGCUGGCCGCUGAGGACCUGGUGGCAACUGUGUGUGACUUUGGGAUCCUCAUCACCAAGCAGCCACUGCAGCCACUGAGUCUGGAGGAGAAAGUGGACAAGAAAAAAGGCAAAGAGAAGAGCAAAAAAACGAAAGCAGAAAGUCAGGCCAGCCGGAAAACCACAGCGUCUGCCAAAGGAAAAAGAACAAACAAAGACUCUGCUGAGCCGGAGGAGGGCCGAGGGCUGGAGGCAGUGCCGCUGACAGUGGAAUUCCAGGUGCAGCUCCUGCGGUGGCCCUCGGCUGCUGCUCAGAGCCCGGGGAGCGCGGCGGUGGCGGUGGGCAAGGCUCACUAAGACGGCCGUGGCCGGAGCAAGCGACGGAGGGCCUGGAUCCCUCACCGGACGUUGCGAUGUAUCCCAGGAUUAAAAACCUGGCGCUUUAUGCCUUGUCGGUCACGCUGCUGGCGUGUCUUAUUUAUCUAAAGAGAGAGGCAAAGUUGGCAACGUCGUCAGCAGAGCAGAAAGUGGAUGUAGCAAGUCGCAAACCCAAGCCUUUGGCUCUGGGCAACGCCGAACCCAGCAAGUGUUUGCCAGACUUGACCCUCGCCAACUCUUCCCUCGCCCUCCCGGAGCUUCACCGCGUCUUCCUAACGUACAAGCACUGCCGGAACUUCUCAGCGCUGCUGAAGCCUUCCAGGUGCAGUAAGGACACGUUCCUCUUGCUGGCGAUCAAGUCUCCCCCGAUCAAUAUAGAGCGGCGGGUGGCAAUCAGGAACACGUGGGGGAAGGAGGUCUCCAUUGGUGGCAGGCACAUCAGGCUGGUAUUCCUUCUAGGGCGCUCGGAGGCCAAAAUCCAAGCGCAGCCCCUGCACCAGCUGCUGGCUUACGAAAGCCAGGAGUUUGAUGACAUCGUGCAGUGGGAUUUUGUUGACAAUUUCUUCAACUUGACCCUCAAGGAGCUGCAUUUCCUCCGCUGGUUCAUGGAGGACUGUCUGCAUGCCAGGUUUGUGCUGAAGGGCGAUGACGAUGUCUUUGUCAACACUUACAAUAUCGUCGAGUUCCUUCAGGAGCUGGACCCUGAGCAGGAUCUCUUUGUUGGAGACGUGAUUGCCAACGCCCGGCCCAUCAGGAACACCAAGGUCAAGUACUUCAUUCCAGAGUCCAUGUACAGAGCCUCCUUCUAUCCUCUCUAUGCGGGUGGAGGGGGCUAUGUGAUGUCUAGGGUGACAGUGCACCGACUCCAGAGCACCGCAGAGGACACGGAGCUCUUCCCAAUAGAUGAUGUCUUUGUGGGAAUGUGUCUGGCAAAGAUGGCAGUGACCCCAAAGAACCAUGCUGGCUUUAAGACUUUUGGGAUCCAGAGACCUUUCAAUCCUUUUGAUCCAUGCUUGUACAAGGAGCUGAUGGUUGUGCACAAGCUAAACCCAACUGAGAUGUGGAUCAUGUGGACGCUGGUGAAGGACGAGAGCAUUAGGUGUGCAGUGUCAGUAACACGCGCCUACAGAAGUGGUCGGAAAUGAAGCUCCUGAUGAGCACAGUAGGAUUUUGGCUGGUGACGGAUACAGGGUGCUUGAACUAAAAAUCAGGUUGUGGUAGAAAAGUGUCCUCUACUAACAGGCUGUACGUGAGCCAUAGGGUUUUGUUUUGCAGUCAGUCUUUGUCGGUGGGUUACUGAAUUGUCAGGGGAAGGGGACGGGGCUGGUAGCUUGGAGACACGGUGAGAUGCAGCACAGGGGACUCGGCUCGGUUCCUCCUGGCCACGCUGGGGCCCAGGAAAUUCACAGCUGCUGCAGGUGACACGAAUGAGGUGCCACCUCCUGUGGAGGUUCUGCAACACUGAGGCUGGUGCCUGACUGCCAGCCUAAUUCAGUCUCUCCUGGGAAAGGUAAUGAUGACUAACGAGUGAUGGAGCACUUGAAAUUACUUCUAACCUUUUUAGUCAAGGCAAGGGCAGAAGAAAGGGCAGUGUAUGCUGCUGCAUCUACUGCAGUGCAGCUCCGUUGUCCCAGGCCAGCAAUUCCACAGGUCCUGUGGGGCAGCAGGAGAAAAGGAAUGGAGGUGGGGGAUAAAAAAAGCUUAAAAAUGUAUUGCCUUAACAGCACAGUGAUCCGAGGGAUUGGGCUCCAACUUAAGCCCUUUGGAUUUUACAGAAGGUUAUUACAAGUUUACUUGCACUAGAAGCUUUUGCACAAACACUUUCUGGUCUGGUUUGAGAGGAGAAAUAUGUCCUGAGUGGUAGUUAAGUCCCAGUGACUGCAGCUUUUUAUGCUGUGUGGGAGGUGUUUGGGGUUUAUUUGCUUCGUUUGCUUGUUUUCGUGAUGUUGGGUAUAAAUAAAAUACAGUUCUGAAAG